CCCAAACAGGUUUUUCUUUUGUUUACCGGGGUUAACGACACGUCCUUGGCAAAUGUCACAUAAGCCUAAAUGGCCUCUACGGACAGAAAAGAUGAGAUUUGCAGCCCCUUUGUUCCACGACGCGACGCAGUGAGGAAAACAAGUGCAGAGAUUGUCAGUGAAGCCAGAAGGUCCCUGCGAGUCCAAUCCACCCAGCGACCAUUUACUCCCCGAGAUGGACACAGGCAACUGUUUGGAAAAAGCUCUGCUCGGGCCGACUGCGACAGCAGACCUCCAUCUACCUUUAGUCUUCAUGCCCAAAAUUUUAAUGCACCUGACUCGAGGCCAGGUUCAGGGACACGCCUCUCUCCUUUAGACCAUAAGCCAAAGUUUCCAGUCCCCUUUGAUGCUGAGGAUCCCUUCAAGGCUUUUCCCAAGACCCCCAGUGCCCCACUGGAAGGGAAGAAGGGGCUGCCAGGGACGCGGGCACGCCUCCUCCGCGCUGGAUCUCUCACCGCGUUGUCUCCUGUAGAAGGACACAAAGAUAUGAAAGAGCGAUUCAAUCCAGGCCCAGGACAAAAGCAGCCGUCAGCUAAACGACUCCCCAGAACAGACCACACCGAGGUCUGCAGUGGUCCACACAAACCAGGCCCACGAAGAACAGCAAGUGAAAGUAGAAUAAAGCAGCCUGGUGUUGACUCAGGCGUUAGACUCACGGAGUGCACAGCAGGACGGAGAACAGAGCUGGGGUACGGAGACAACACAACAAGCACAGAGGAGGAUGCAGAGUCAUUGGUGUGGAAUAAUAUGAUUGCCCCUCGUCUCCAACAACUAGAGAGUGUGGCUGCAGGCAGCUCCGAGGACUCGGUGGACCGACUGUGUGAUCUGUGUGACGGUCUCCAUGGCACCUUGGCAGAAGCGGACAUGCUCGGCCGACGCUGUAAGAGGAGGUCAGGGAUACUUCGAACACUGUUCCGCCUCAUCGACCUCGACUCUGCCCAGCUCAACCUGCACAUCGCCAAGCUCAGCCUCGCUCUGUGUGUCAGUGGAAACAACCUGCUCAACAUCUGUAAGCUCAUCUUCCAGAUCAGCCGCAGUGAAAGCAACGACAUCCUCUUCCAGAACAACUCUAUCACAGACUGCAUUCUGGGCAUUUUGAGCAACGAGGAUGUGUUCUCAUCUGGAGAAGCUCUGCUGUACUGUGUUGGGACUCUGAAAUUUAUCUCAGGAAACAGUGCAAUCCUCAGACUCCUGCUGGACAAGAACUGCGUCGGUGUGGCUCAGAAACUCAUCCAGAGGCUUUGCACAGCUCAAGACACCAACUUCACAAUAGCCGGGCACAUCCUCGUACAGCUGACAGCGACCUUGAGGAAUCUUGCAGAUCACCCUGACUCCCGUCCACUCUUCAUCUCCUUCUCUUUACUGUCGGAGCUCUGUGUGGUGCUGCGUCAUCACCGCAAGGACCCGGACAUCUGCACCAACAUUUCCAGAAUAUACAGUAAACUCUCCUCUUACUCGGAGUGCCGCCUCGCUCUGGCCCAGACCCCCGACUGCUACCAUCUAUUUUUAGAACUGCUGAACCAACAUCACCAAAAACAGGAUCUUGUCGUGCGCCUUCUUUUCACCCUCGGGAACCUCACAGCCAAGAGCGACGAGGCUCGAUGGCAGUUCUUUCAGUGCGACGGCUGCAUGGACACACUGCUGCAGCUGUACGACACCUACCAGCGUCGGGAAGACUCAUCACACACACAACCACAGAAAGGUCCCCCUUCCCACGGCGAGCCUCAGGCCCCUCCGGUGAAAGUGCAGCAGGACGAGGACGUGCUGGUGAAGCUGGUCAGGGUGCUGGCAAACAUGUGCAUCCACCCGGCUGUAGGUCCAGCUCUGGCAACCAACACAACCUGCAUUCAGCUGCUGAUGGAGACACUUGAGCUGAGGUGUGUGCAGGAAAGCGAGGAGCUAAUGGUGAAUGUGGCUGCCACCAUCAACAACCUGUCCUUCUACCAGGAGGACAGCUCUGUGUUCAGACGCAGUCAACUCACCAUGGCAAAGUUGAUGUUGAAGUUGGUGCUCUGCUCCAGCAUGGACGCCAUGCUGGAGGCCACCCGUGUAUAUGGAAAUUUGUCACAGUUCAAGGAUGUACGGGACUUCAUCAUGCAAAACAAAGUGCACCAGUUUGUAGUGACACUGCUCGACUCAAAAAGCGCUGAGAUGUGUAUUUCAGCCUGCGGGGUCCUCACCAACCUGGCCCAGGACCCUCCCAACAGGGCCCGCCUCUCAGUGGAGGGGGCUUUAGCCAAGCUUGUGGACUGUCUGAGGGACUUCGAACCAGGUGACUGGCAGCUGGCGGGUCAGGUCUGUCAGGCGCUGUGGAACAUGAUCAGCGGCGGCUCAGAAAGGCUGCUGAACACACAGGAGAGAGAGUCACUGCUGGAGAUCCUCACGGCAUACUUAGAUGAAGAUGAGGCUCUGAAGUGGAUAGAGAAUGAAGACAUGAGGGACUUCAACAAGGCAUGCUGGGAGUUAGAGUUCCUUCCCGUCGCUCAAAAACUGAUGAAGACACUCCGGCCUCCUGACCAGACAACCUGACAAAAUGGGACAUGGAGUUAAGAGUUUCAUGUGUCAUAGAAACCUUAGUAUCAGUCUCUUAAAUACCUAACCCAGAGUCCACAUAUCAGCUGUUAAACACUUACCUCCAGUGGCUGUAAAGGUCUGCAGUUUCUUUUUCAAAGGAGGAAACAGGUGAUGUCAGUCACAGUGAAUUCUAAAGCUAUUUUUCAUGAUACAAUAAGCUUUUAACAGCCUGUUGUUAGGCCUACACAUGGUCAGUGUGUCACAUUCAAAACAAUAGAUUUCAGGUUGUUGAUAAAUGUAAUUAUGCAACAAAUUAGAAGCAGGGCGAAUCUGUUUUAAAAUGACCUUGUGUCAAUUUUGUACACUUAAAAAAUAACAUCUUCAUUUAUUUAUUUUCUUCUCUCUAUUCAGCUAUUUUUUGUUUAGAUUUUUUUUUACUUUUAGCUAUUUUUAUGCACUUUAGUUCCUGUAAAUCUUGCAGAAGCCUUAACUGCUGGGUAUUUUCACAUGUACAGGGAUCAUUUAUUACAAGCUCUUUGCACAUUUAUGUAACAGACUUGAUCUGCUCUGUAAGCUCCCUGUGUUGUAAAGGAUCUUUUAUGAUAAUGA